GCACUGACUUUUCCUCCCCCCCACACACACACAAGUUUCACCAUUUGUUUUUGUGAUGGCAUUACAUCUGAUUUAAAUAAACCAUGAAAGUAAAUCUGAUCGGAAUCAUGAGCUGGUUAGAACAUCAGAGAUCAAAAAUAAGAUGACAGCAGCUCGCAAUCAAAAAGCAGCCAGGUUGGCAGGAAACGUGAGCCCUGACAGAACCCACGGGUCAGAUUCCCUGCUCUUUAGCCGGCAACGCUCUAAAUAAUUCGAGAAAGUACUCCCCCUUCACUUUCACUCCUCCCAUCAGGUAGCAGGAAACACAGAAACCUUCUCUUGUUAAGGAGCCCCGCUCGUGAGAAUCAGCGUGUUGGAUUUUGAACGAACCGGGCCUGCAGAGACCUCAGCUACAGAGGACACCCGAGAUGCAUAGACCUUCCUAUUCCUUUCUCAAACUGAUUGUUUUUGUGUUGUUGCCUGCCUCUGAUAAACAAUAGGACCUCUCAGUCAAUGUGCAUGGUGAGGAGGAUCCAGAAGAGGUAACAGAGCACCUUGAGGCGCUCGUGAAACUUUGAUGAGAGUCCGGCUAGAAUUUGGAGCAGCAGUGGUCAUCGUCAAAGAUCGAGGAUCACGGACCCCUGACCGUCCCUACAGAGGAGCAAAUAAUCCCAAAGCAGGAUAAUGUGAGUCAUGCUGUGGUACAGACAUCAUGUCCUCCUCGCUCUCUUCGUCUGUCCCCUGGCCUGCCUCGCCAUGUCCCCGUGUCCCCCCGGCUGCUGCUGCCCCGGCCCGGGCUUUCUGGUCCUGUGCGAGUCUCUGGGUCUCAGGUCGCUGCCCCGCUCCGUCCCUCUCGGCACCUCCGCUCUGUCCGUGGCCAGAAACCAGCUCUGCAACGUGGACCACCUUCUCCAGGCCUUCUCCGGCCUGCAGGAGCUCAGCCUCAGCCACAACCUGCUGGCCCGCUUCCCCCGCGGCUUGCCCCCCAGCCUGGAGUCCCUGCUGCUCCAGGAGAACCGCAUCACUUACAUCACGUCAGGAGUCCUCAGGCAGCUGAGGAACCUGACCCGCCUCCAUCUGGAGGACAACCGAAUCCGUGCCAUCCAGCCCGGAGCGCUGCUGGGUCUGAGAAAGCUGCAGCUCCUGACACUGAAGGGGAACAAGCUCACCAGCCUCCCUCGGAGUCUCCCGCCAUCGCUGACGCAUUUGGACCUGUCGGAAAACUGCAUCUCGUCUCUGGACCUUCCCUCUCUCGCCGCCCUGGUCAACCUGCAGGUCCUGCAGAUCAACAGCAACUGCCUGCGCUCAGUGCCUGAAAACACCUUCGACAGCCUGCCACGCCUCAGGUCUGUGGGCCUCACCAACAACCUGUGGGUGUGCGAGUGCGACAUCUUGUAUCUGUACCGCUGGCUGCUGAGCGGCAGACUGAAGAUGGCUACAGAUCUGGUGUGCAAAGAGCCGGUCCACCUCGCUCAUCGCCUGCUGCUCAAUCUCUCCGUUGUCUCCAUCUGUCCACGUGUCCUAAAGCCAAAUGAGAAGACACGCCUGCCUAUGGUCGCCUCUGUGGAGGCGGUGGGAACAUCAGAUCGAGGUUCAUAUGAAAACAGGGAUGAUCUGCAGUGGAAAAUGUCAAAAGAAGCCAUUGUCACAAACGAACAAAAGCUCCAGGGUUCUCGGGUUUUGCCCUACUCCUUCGAGACUCUCACCUACGAGGAGUGUUUAAACUUCAACUCGUCUCCAUCAGUCACUCCCACUGACCUGAAAACUACAUCUUUUCCAGAGGACCGGGGAUGCAGAGAAAACACGACAUCUCCCUACCCUCAAGGCAACGUGUCCUCUGCUGCAGGGACACAGUCAGGACUGUCCACCAACAGAGAGGAGACCGUCCCUCCUUUGAACCCCCAGGUUUCCCCCCACAGCGACUCGAAGGUGAUCGUCUCCCUGCUCGCCCUGCUGUGUGUGCUUCUGGUUCUUGUGAUGCUGGCGGUGCUAACCCUGCUGAGAAAGGUUCUGGUGCGCCAGCAGAGAGUGGCGCCGGCAAACGAGCGAUCUGUUGGGUGAAAGCAGCGACACACCGAGGAGGUUGAAUCAUUUAUUUCAACAUGUGCAAAUGGUCUUGCACAAGUUUUUUUUUAUAUAUAUGAAACUUUAUGCCAAAUAAAAUCAUAAAGCCAAAACAAAUAAAGGCA